AUGACGGCAUUCGCAACGCUGAUGUGUGAUGACGCGUCGACCCUACCGGCGAUGGUACUGGUGACAUCACUACUCCAGUCUGGCACAUCUGCUCAAAUUGUUGUGAUGCUUUCUCCCGCAGUGAGUAUGGAGGUCAAAGGUGUAGUCGAUCGGAUUUUACCGGGGCAGGUGGCCGCGAUGCGCACAAACACGGUGCCGUACCCCUUCAAGGUGCGACAGGCUGAGGUGGAUCGGGGGGUGAAGCGGAGCUGCCGCUAUACGAAAUUGCGAGCGUGGUCUCUCGUAAGUUUUGAUCGAGUAAUACUAUUGGACAGUGAUAUUUUGGUUCUUGGGUCGCUCGACUCACUUUUCACAAAGGCAUCACGGACAGCAGCUGUUGCAGACAUAUAUCCUAGAGUGUUCAACGCGGGUUUAAUCGUGCUUGCGCCAGACAGCGGCGUACACAAACGGCUCGUGACUGCGGCGGGCGCAACUUUUUCGUACAAUGAGGGUGAUCAGGGUUUUCUGAACUCUUACUUCGAGGCC